CAAAAUAUUUUACACAAAUAAAAUCCAUACCACUUUGUUAGGUAUGACUCUUAACGAUUUAUAAGUUGUUAUAAACAAGUUUCAAUUUUAUAAUUAUAAAAUAGAACUUCGUAAGAUAUAGUACAACAUACAUAGUUGGUGUGUACAUUUAUUUUGGAGGGAGGAUCGCAAAAUAUCUUAAAUUUGAUACUUUGAUUCCCCAUUUUUGGAGCUCGCAAAUCACACUAUACAUGAGAAAGUGAAGAAGGGGGAAAAGUGAAAAGCGAGACAUGGAUGAAACAGAGUUUCUGAACUCAAGCCCGACAGAAAAGAAGGGGAGGAACAAGUUUCCAUUGCUGAGGUAUGAAGAACUGCCGGAAUAUAUGAAGGAUAAUGAGUACAUCUUGAAUUACUACAGAGCUGAAUGGUCUCUUAAUCACGCCUUCGUUUCCUUGUUCUUAUGCCACAAUGAAUCUCUUAAUAUCUGGACUCACGUGAUUGGAUUUGUUGCGUUCUUGAUACUCACAGUUGCAAACUUGACAGAAUUUUAUCAAGUGGCCGACUUCAUUAACCUUUCCAAAUGGGUUUUUCCAUCGGAUACGGGUACACCACCAGCGCUAAUAGACACACCACGUUGGCCAUUAUUUAUAUUUUUAUGUGGUUCAAUGUUUUGCUUCGUAUCAAGUAGCUUAUGCCACCUGUUCUCUUGUCACUCACAACACUUAAACUGUCUGCUGAGUCAGUUAGACUACGUUGGAAUAGCAGUUAUGAUUAUCACCUCAUUUUUCCCUCCAAUAUAUUACCUCUUUCAGUGCGAUACCAUAUGGCAAUACGUCUACCUUACAACAAUAUCCAUACUUGGUAUUUUAGCAGUCAUUAUACUUCUUUCCCCUAAACGAACACGUGGGAAAUACCGAUUCAUUCGGACAAUAAUUUUUGUGGCAAUGGGUCUUUUUGGGGUAAUCCCUAUGAUCCAUGCUACCAUUGUCAAUUGGAACGUGCCUCAGAGGAAUAUUACUUUAGGGUUUGAAUCUGCUAUGGCUUUUUCGUAUCUGAUAGGGGCUAUGUUUUAUGCUACUCGGGUACCUGAGAAGUGGAAGCCUGGUUGCUCGAAGAACACACAGGCAGCUUUCGAUACCCAGAGAUUUGCUGCUUCUUCGUUUGUGAUUGUAGAAAUGGAGGAAAAUAUCAAUAACGGAGUUGAAGAACAAGAAUCCGAAAACCAUGAACAGACGUCUGUACCUGUUCUCAAUCCAUCAAUACCGUCCGGCGAGCAGACUGUUUGGGCCGACGUAGCCUCCCUUCUCGAUUCGGCUUGUAAUGAUCUUCAAGAUGGAGAACUCAUUCAUGGAGAUAAUUUUAAUCUUUUUGCAGCCAUGUCUGCUUUGGAGAUAAUGGACCCAAAGAUGGAUUCAGGCAUUGUUUGUAGAUAUUAUUCGGUUGAUGAAGCCAUUGAAGAUGGUGCUGCACCUAUCCCCUUGAGCUUUAACAAAACUGUAGAUGUUCAUUGUAUGAUCGAUGUCAUGGAUCAUAUGCUUUCAUGUGAGGCGACUUGGCACAAGGGUCAUUCACUGGCACAAACUAUUUUUUCUUGCAUUUAUCUUUUGAGACCUGAUAGAACACCAUCACAUGCAUUGCUUCAUUCUUACUGCACAGUAAUUCGUUCAACAUGCAAUGCGGUUAUUUCAGCUGUUUCUGAUUCACGCACACAUGAGGAAGAAGAUCUGUUUACUAUCACAUCCGGUCUUCCAUUGAAAAGAGAUGGAGAUGAAAAAUGCUUAUCCAUGCUAAAUGUUCUAGAAGAAACCAUUUCUCGUCAAUUACAUGCUUGUAAAGCUCCGUCACAUAAGAAAAGAUCGAUAGAAGACAUAGAGCCAUUACAAACAAAUCUUGAUCUUGAAGAAGGAUAUUGCAAAGCUGUGUUAUGUCGUUUGCGCUUUCGUAAGCAUUUUUACCAUGUCUUGUUAUGUUUGAGGCGACCCCAAGGAAGAGGAUUGGAAUUAGCAAGAAAACAUAUAGCUUCUUGCUUACUAGAGCUUGAUAGCAUUCUUAAAACAGAAGAAUUUUUAAGGGCAAACAACCGGAAUGGAAUGUGGGAGGAUGGAAUGGAAUCUGAAGAUAGUACUACUGCUUCUGGUUGUCAACCAAUCGGAUUUGAUUCCACUUUAAACAGUAGAUUAUCUGCUCCAACACCUCCCCGUGCAAUCAAAGUUUUUUGCUGGAAGAAAGCUGUUGAAUAUUUUCAAAAGCUCCUUCAUGAUUUAGAUAUUGUCUGUUCACAUCCCAUAGACCCAUUGCAUGAAGGUGCUUUGCGAUUUGUUGUAGAGUUUCAGAAGUUGCAACCUGAUUUAGUUGCUAGAUCUCAUUUACAGCUUCUACUAGUUCAAGAUGGGAAACUGUUUGGGCGUGAUCCUAUCUUCACUAUGAUUUGUAAAGCUGCUGCAAUACCAGAACUUGCAAAAAACCUUGAUAUACAGAAAAACGAGUCUUUUGUACAUCUUUGUCAGUUGGCGAUAACUUUGCUUAAAAUUUUGUGUACAAAUGCUGCAUGGCAAAGACGUCAACUUGGGAAAGUUUUACAAGAUUGGCGUAUCAUACACAUGCAGCUAGAGAUUGCUCUUAGAAAGGAGUUUGAAGAAAGCUCAAGUACAUCACUUGAUGAAAAUUUAUGCAUGAAGAUUUACAAAAACAUCCUUAAUUGGGUUGAGGAACAAACCUAUUGGAUAGCUUUUCGUUUCCUCAUAUUGGGAUUUGAAUUGGAGCUUUAUGCCCCUAGUGAAUACUGCAUGGUUUAUUGGUAUAUAUAUGUUAUCUUGAUCAAACUCGGUGAAAAAAUGCAUCUCAGAAUGAUCACAAACAGUGAAACCGCUAAGCGAAAAGGAAAGAAGAAAAGGGAGUCUAUGAAGGAUGUGGCAAGGGAACCUGCAAUCCCACCUGCAGUUUUGUUGCUUCAGUGCCAAAUAUAUCUUGCUGAAGGCCUCACAUUGAUGAUUUCUGCUUUGAGAAAUGAACAUGGAGUUUUUCAGUGUCGGGGACCAUUCAAUAGCGAGCAAGAGAGAUUUAUUCAGCAUUUUGAGCUGUUACAAAAAGCUUGCAUUCCUGAUCACGUCUCAUACUACACUUUUAGAGACUACACUGCCCAUUCACAAUUCGAUACCCUCAUCAUGUGCAAUUACUUCAAAGAAGCCCAGAGGAUUGCAAAGGAACUGAGGGGUAGUUUCGUCAAUGACAAAAACAAGCUGACAGAACUAAGACACAUAGAGCAAGUCGCAGAACACAAUGGUAUUGCUCUUAAUCUUGUAAGUCGGUUAGGGUCUCUUGAUCCAUCACUUAAGGUUUCUUUCGAAUUCAAUCAUCAUCCACACUUUGCAACUGCUGUUGUCAAGAGAUCUUGAUUUUUUUUUUUUUUAAUUAUUUUUUUCAUGAAAUUCGAUUGUUUUCUAGUUUUGCAAAUAGGUUUUCGCAAACAUUUUAU